AUGCCUCAACCGAAUCAAAUUGGAUACGCAGCAAUGAGUGUGUGUCAAAUAUUUUCCUUUAGAAAAAAAGAACUGCUCUUUUUUUCAGUUAAUUCUUAUGGCUUAAAUGGAAUGGGCCUUCAAUCGAUUGAACUUUAUUAUCAAAUGCCCAAAGAAUUGAUUAAUGAAGCCACAUAUAUUUGUGUUUUGAACGCAUGUUCACAUUCCGGACUUGUCAACGAAGCUCUUUCAAUAUUCAAAACUAUUGAAAUCGAAACGCAAAGAAUAUAUACCACUAUAAUCGAUUGUCUCAGUCGUGCAUUGUUUUUCGAAGAAGCACAAAAAUUAAUGGAGGAGUUUGAACGUUUACAUAUACCGGCAUUACCAAUGUAUCCAUCAGCUACAGUCCUUCUUGCUAAUGUUGAUGGAUCAUCUGGUCAUAUUGAUAAAGCGUCAGAUAUUAAAACUCAAUUAUAUCAAUCAGAUACAAAGAAAAGAAUUGGCCUUGCGUGGACUGUCACCAAUAGACAAGUUUAUCAAUUUCGAGCUCAUGAUCGAUCUCAUCCUCGAUCGCACGAAAUCAAAGCGGAGCUUGAAAAAAUAGCCAAUGAGCUUAUUGACCAUGGUCAUGUAUUUGAUGCAAUUCUUUGCGGACAUAGUGAAAAAAUUGCAAUAGCAUGGAAUUUUGUUGUCAAUCCCCAUACAUCAAAAAUUCAAGUUACGAAAAAUCUUCGUGUUUGUGGUGAUUGUCAUCGAGCAACUAAAUUAAUAGCUGCCAUUCGUCAAUGUGAAAUUAUUGUUAGUGAUGCAAAUCGUAUUCACCAUUUCUAUACGAAUGGACAAUGCUCAUGUAAUGAUUAUUUUUGA